AUGUCUAUGUACGCGAGCCACCCGCACACUCCUCGGACGCCUGCAACCCCGAACACGCCCGCCUCCAUGGGCGGCUACGCUCCUCCCCCGCCACAGCCCUCCGGCAGAGGCUCGUAUCCCAUGAUGCACAAUCCCUACCAACACCAGCAGUCUUACGCGACCUCCUCUGCCAUGAUGCCCCAGGCCUCCGUUUCUGCGUCUCACCCUCAACCGAUUGCGCCGGCGCCUUCUCCAGGCGGCCGUGUCCCACCUGUUCUGCGACCCAUGCCGGCUGGCGGUGUCAUGCCACAGAGCGGCUUGGCCUCUCCCUACGCGCAAAGCCCUAUGAUGUCGCAGCCAUCGAUUCUUCACCAGGAGAACGACCAACCUACUCAUGUAGUCGGCUCCCAGGGUCGCAGAGGUAUUCUACCGAGCGCCCCAGGUAGGCCCGCGGCCCCGCCCCCCGGCACUGCCGCAGCCAAGGCUCAGAUUCCUCAGAAGGAUGCCGACGGGAAGUUUCACUUGAAGCGUCAUAUGCUCAGACACACUGGAGACCGUCCCUACAUGUGUGUGCUCUGCCGGGACACUUUCUCUCGAAGUGACAUCCUGAAGCGUCACUUCCAAAAAUGCUCGAUCCGUCGAGGCAACCCUACAGGAGCCAGCCAUCUAUCUCAUCCCCACGCGCACGUUAAGAAGGCGCAGCAGGCUGCCGCUAAGGCCGCGCAGCUUGGGCACGAUGGAGACAUGAUGAACGGCAUGAACAAUGUAACGGGAAACCCCCACAUGGUUCCCUUUGGGCUGAUUCCAGCAGCGGACCAAAUUAACCACAUGAAUGACCAGAACCAGCUCUCUCGACAGUCGAGCAUGAACCGCCUCGAGGACACCAAUGGUGAAGAGCGGAGGAACGUGCCUGCACCAGUCAUGGGUGCUUCGUCGCAGCAGCAACAAUACAAUGGCAACGUCCCGACGUCCAUGUCCACGAACAUCAACCCCCAGCUGGCGAACUACAACAUGUCGCAGAACCAGAACGGUGUGCCCAUGUUCAAUGGUGGAUCAAACCACAACCAGCAGUCGGGCUUGGACUGGCAGACCAUGUUCACACAACAAGGCGGUGCGCAACAUACUUAUCCAGUCCCUACGUCAACCUUUCCUAACCGACAGCAGACCGCAAUCAAAACCGAGCCUAAUCUCGACCACUCGAGACACGAUGGCCAGCCCCCCUCAAACCCGGCCAAUGGUCACUUUGGGUUCUCUACCGGCGGCCGCCCCGUUGACGAUGCGACUUAUCGGCACCUGUCAAACCAAAUCAUCAAUUUCUUCUACUCGCCUGGCAUCAUCUCAAGCCACAACAACGACAUGAACUUGUACUUCUCAGCAGAAAAUGUUCAGCACUUCCUCAGCCAGUACGCACACUUCCACCGGCAUUUUGCAAUUCUACAUAUGCCAACUUUUGAGGCUGGCAAGUCUUUCACGGGACUCCUUACUUGUAUGUGCUGUAUCGGGGCUUGCUACUCAGAUCGCUUGUCACCUUCACACGUGCGCCUCAUCACCGACUUCUUGAAGUCUGCUCUGGACAGAGACCCGCAAAUUCUCUCCCUCCUCAACGAGAACCCUCAGACUGGGGUCGCGAGGCGUGAAGGCAAUUUGGAGGCGCUUCAGGCGCUUGUACUUCUUCAACUUCUUCUCAUCUGGAACGGCACCCCUCAACAACGACAGUCCGCUCGUCAGGUGUACUCGAGGAUCGUGCUGCUUGCGCGGAAGUCUGAUCUGCUACGUGUCUCUCAAGGACAGCCACUGUACAGCGCGCUUCAUCAACCCGGCUUUAAUCCCUCAACUUAUCAUCCAUCAGAAUUUGACUGGCAUUCGUGGAUCGAACAAGAGAAGCGAAAUCGUCUCAUGUUCCUUAUCUUUGCGACGGACACUGCCUUGGGCCUCUACUUUAACAUUGCGCCUCAAUUUGAUGUCAUGUCACUCCAAAUCCCCUUGCCUUGCGACGAUGCAGCAUGGGAUGGAGCUACAGAUGCGAGAUCUUGCGCUGAAGCCUUGGGUUUAUAUGGACCAGAGGCGGCCCAGGUUCGUAAUGUGGAUGGCACGCGCAGAGCAAAGCAGCCCGAGAUGCACCUCGCCCUGAACGCCCUGUUGCACAGCUCUUACCGGAUUCAGACAGGCACGACAAACCUGACGGGCAAAUUUCUGUUGGUUCAUGGCAUUCUGGCCCUCAUACGUCGAGCUCAAAUCGAAGGAAGCUCGGCUCUCAAUUACGGCCAAGCAUCAUCGUUUGCCAACAGUGAUUGGGUCGUCAAUACUGGACGGGAUGAUGGCAGCGCGCCUGGUAGUGCGAACAACAGUGGCCGCAACACUCCCGCUGACGGAAGCAUGUCCGCUCAAGCUUUCAAGGCUAUUCGCACAGCACUGGACAAGUUCAAGCAGAAUUGGGACUUUGAUAUUGUCAAUCAGUAUCCGCCCUCGUCGCGGAACCCUCGCCGGCAAGGCUUCUCGAAGGACGCAAUCCCUUUCUACUGGCUCGCCAAUUAUCUCCUCAAGAACACGCGUUCAGGGGACCUCGAUAUGGAGUCUGAGCAGCGAUUCUCACAAGUCAUCCAUCUUCUCAAAUUUGUCAAUAAUUAUGUGCGCUCGGAUGGGGCAUACAGAGGCGAGGAGUUGGGGUCGGUUGAUGCGAUUGACAAGGAUUACGGCGCGACCGAUUGGACGCUGGACAUGGCGAAGUUGUUCAGACCAUUUGUUGAUAUGGCAGAUUCGCCAAGCGUCACGUCGGUCAACAUGAAGACGGAGGCGGCUUAG